UUGAGAAAUGAACCAUACUCAGAAGCCUACGAAUAAUGCGGUACAAAAAAGAGGUUAGAUAUAAAGAACAAGGCUUUACACAAAUUUCACUUUCUUCCCUCGCUCUCAGUGCCAUUUUUCUCCCGUGGGAUAACAACUUGAGUAAAGGACGUUUAAAAAGGUGGUCCCGUAGGUCUGUCAGUUUAUAAUCAUACGUCGGCAGAGACUGCAGAAAUGUUUAUCCUUCUAAGAAAGCUCACUGAAUUAUUUUCUUUAUGUUUGAUCUACUUACUUUCAAUAGAAGCAACUAUUUACGACUUGGACAAAACAUGGGAUUACGUGAUAAUUGGAGGAGGUACAGCUGGAGCAGUUUUAGCUAACAGGCUUUCAGAAAAUUCGUCAAUAUCCGUCCUUUUAUUAGAAUAUGGGGAUUUUCCUAAUCAUCUAUCGGAUGUACCUUUGUAUGCCGGACAAUUACAGACUAAUGAACACGAUUGGGGAUACAAGACAGAGCCACAGAAAUUUGCCUGCUUUGGUCAUAUCGAACAGAGGAGUAGGUGGCCUAGGGGUAAAGUUUUAGGAGGCAGCAGCGUGCUAAAUUAUAUGCUUUAUGUUAGAGGAAAUAAGAGAGAUUAUGAUCAGUGGGCUGAGAUAGGAGCUCCUGGAUGGAGUUGGAAAGAUGUUUUUCCAUAUUUUCUGAAAUCUGAAGAUAAUGAUAAUCUACGAGAUUUAUCAGAAGGUUAUCAUAAGAAAGGAGGUGAGCUUACAGUUUCAAUUCCUCCUUUCAAAACUCCUGCAGCAUCAGCAUUCGUUGCUGCAGGAAUACAUCUAGGAUAUCAGCGAAGAGAUUUAAAUGGACCUAAUCAAACAGGGUUUUCUUUGCCUCAAGGCACCAUUCGACAUGGAUCAAGAUGCAGCACGGAGAAAGCUUUCCUCAGUCCUAUAUUAGGAAGAAGAAACUUGGAAAUCAUCACUUCAGCUUUUGUUAAAAAAAUCAUGUUUGAUGUCUUCAGACAUGCACGUGGAGUGAUUUUUGAUCAUAAAAAUAAAACAAGAUUAGCAUGGGCGAAAAAAGAAAUAAUUCUUUCAGCUGGAACCAUUAAUUCUCCUCAGAUUCUGAUGUUGUCUGGUAUUGGACCCAAAGAGGAAUUGGAUAAAUUUAAUAUUCCAAUCGUCAUGGAUCUACCUGUAGGAAAAAAUCUUCAGGAUCACGUAGCUACUGGUGGGGUAAACUUUGUUCUUAAUCAACCGGUAUCACUAAUGCCUGAGAGAUUAACCAACGACGACGUUAUACAAUUUUUGCAUCACGGAAGUGGUCCUUUAACGAUAUUGGGAGGAGUAGAAGGUAUGGCCUUUGUUAAUACACCCCUCGUCGAACCUUCAUUAGACUGGCCAGAUAUCCAGAUACAUUUUGUUUCAUAUACCCCAGCAACAGACAGAGGAGCUCAGCUAAGGAAACUAGUUGGACUCUCAGCCCAAACAUGGCGUACAGUAUACGAACCCUACGCGAGAAAUGACACUGUAGCUAUGCUUCCAAUAGUACUAAGACCAAAAUCACGAGGCGAAAUACGGUUAAAAUCUGCAGAUCCUUAUGACUCAGUCACAAUUGAUCCAAAAUACUUCUCUUCUCCUGAAGAUUUAAAGGUGUUAGUUGAAGGAAUGAAGAUCUGUUAUAAAUUAGCGAGAACGGCACCUUUUAGACUUCUUGGUGCCAAACCAUUCGAAACAAUUUUCCCAGGAUGCGAAAAAUAUGAAAAAUUCUCCGACGAUUUCCUAAAGUGUAUAGCCCAGAGUUAUACUUUUACCUUCUAUCAUCCAGUAGGAACUUGUAAAAUGGGUGAUCCGAACGACACUUCAACUGUAGUAGAUUCAGAACUCAGGGUAAAGGGAGUGAAAGGAUUAAGAGUUGUCGAUGCAUCCAUCAUGCCCACAAUUGUUUCUGGUAAUACUAAUGCUCCAGUAAUCAUGAUUGCCGAAAAAGCUGCUGAUAUGAUCCUAAAUAGAAGAAGUGUUUGAUGAAUAUUUCAUCGAAGAGAAAUCAUUUCAUUGAUUUUUAUUUUACAACUUGUGAUAUUUCACAAUUUUUGAUAAAAAUUGUUUCAUUAUUUAAUAUUUAACAUUUCACCAAAGUUCUUUGUUAUUAUUUCUUUUUUAACUCGUCAUUUUAAGAAUAUGUGUGAAGAUGGAAAAAUAUUAAGGAUCAGUAAGAGGAAAGUAUUGGAGAUUGAAAAAUAUUGAGAAUCAAUACGUGGAAAGUUCCAAAGAUUAAGAAAUAUUGAGGAUCAUGCCAAGGGAAAUGUUGGAUCAGAAAAUAUUGAAGAUUAAUACGAGGAAAGUAUUGAAUGGAAAAUAUUGAGGAUCAACACAAGGAAAACGUAUUGAAGAGCGAAAAAUAUUGAAAAUCAAUACCAGGAAAGUACCAAAGAUUGAAAAUUAUUGAGGAUAGAAAUGAGACUCAAUGUUCCAGUUACAUUAAGUGCACAUGCAAAUAGGAAAAAGACUAUUUGGAAAAGGUUAAAAUAUUCUGCAUAAAUUGUUAAAGUCUUCGAACUAUUUUCCCUGUUUAAUAAACUACAAUC